AUGGAGAGCUGGGAAGAGUCACAAGAAUCCAUCAAAGCUGAAAUGAGCCAGUUGAAAGACCAGGUUGGCCAAAUCUUGGUCGCCCUUGAAUCCCUGAAGGCUAUUGGAGAGUCUUCGUCUACAUUGGUUGGCGGGAAUGCCCAUUUUUAUCCACCGUUGUUCAAUGCUAUGCGCCAAUCGAUUCCUUUCCCGUUGUACGGGUUACCCCCGGAAUACACUCCUCCCGUAGGAGAAUAUUUGGAAGGGGAGCAUGCGUCGUUUCCCAUUCCCACAACUGUUGAUGUACCGCCAAUCACUACUCAGGUACCUAUCUCUAUGGCAGCUCCCUUGGUAAGUGCACAAAUGAAUGAAGCAAUUACAGUUGAAGGAACACGAGUGACUACAGUACCGCAUAUGAUUGUUAACCACGAUUCUUCAGCAAGAGCCGCAUCACAAACCGCGGCGCAUGCGGGAACCAACAUCACUAACGGAGCUAAAAACAGACUAGAGAUUCUGGAGGAAAAAAUGAGGGCUAUUGAAGGGAUGGAAAAUUAUGGGUUUGGAAAUGUUGCAAGACUAAGUUUGGUUCCUGGAGUAAAAAUACCGUAUAAGUUCAAAGCGCCAGAAUUCGAGAAGUACAAGGGUGAUACAUGCCCUAAAAACCAUCUAGCCAUGUAUUGCAGAAAAAUGGCUGCGUAUGAUGACGACCAGUUACUCAUCCAUGUUUUCCAAGAUAGUCUAGUUGGGGUAGCAUUAAAUUGGUAUACUCACUUAGAGCCAUCUCGAAUCCAUUGUUGGGCAGAUCUGGCCGACGUCUUUGUAAAACGGUAUAUAUACAACACACAUGUAGCACCGGACCGUCUGCAAUUACAGAAUAUGGGGAAGAAAGACAAUGAAACCUUCAAGGAAUAUGCCCAAUGGUGGAGAGAAUUGGCCACACAAGUAGAGCCGCCUUUGUUUGAAAGAGAAAUGGUGGCAAUGUUUGUAAAUACGCUCCAGCCACCGUUUUAUGAAUAUAUGGUGGGGAAUGUAUCCGUCAAUUUCGCUGACGUCAUCAUAAUCGGCGAGAGGAUAGAAAUUGGGGUGAGGAAUGGGAAGAUUACAAGUAGCCCAUCUGCGGUGGAAAACUCUAAAAAGAAGCCCUCUUUCAAUCCAGGAAAGAAGAAAGAAGGAGAUGUGCAUGCAACAUCGGCAAUGCCUCUAUGGAGAGGUCAUGCUCCUAUUCACAAGUAUAGGCCAUACCUAGGCCAGCCACCAUAUGCAGCCAAUACGACUUUUGCUCAUCCAAUCCGGCCUCAACAACAACAAGGAUUUUACCAAUCACAACCCAUCACAAGCAACGCUUGGAGGACUGUGCCAAGUGCAAAUCCAAAUCCGAAUGCAGGUCAAGGCACUUACCUAGGAAAAACCCAGGAAAGAAACCUUGUUCACUUCACCCCCAUCCCUAUGACUUACACUGAAUUAUUACCUCACCUCGUCAAAAGGGGUCUGGUUGCUAUAUGCCCAAUGAUACCCAUGCAGCCUCCAUACCCUAGGGGUUAUGAUGCCGACGCCAAGUGUAGUUAUCAUGGGGAAGGCGUGGGUCACUCAACUGAGAGGUGUAUGGCCUUCAAGCGUAAAGUGCAGGCCCUAAUUGACGCUAGGUGGCUAAAAUUUCAAGAAGAUAAACCUAGCAUUGAUGCUAAUCCGUUAUCCGGGCAUGGGAGUGCCUCGACAAACGCCAUUGAGGUUAAGGAGCAUAGACUGAUAAAGGAUGCAAGCGAAAUCCGAAGUUCCAGAAGAUUCAUUUUUAAGGAAUUAUUGAAGUUGGGUCUUUUAAGUGGGGAUUAUGAUUUGGGAAGAGCAUGUGGACUCCAUCCAUGCACGGAACACUCUAUAGAGGAAUGCGUUGAAUUCGAAGAGUUUCUACAAGAUCUGCUUGAUAGGAAUUUGAUGCAAGUAUGCUACGAAGACAAGGAUGAUGAGGUGUUUGCACAAAUUGGUAUGGAGCCUGAUGUAACUUUGCCAGAGCCGUUGAUAAUCCGUUUCACUCGAACCACCCCUACACCAGUAAUUCAAGGAAGAUCGCCCGUUGUCAUCCAUACACCAGUUCCUUUUCCUUACAAAAGCGAGAAAGUUGUCCCUUGGAGGUAUGGGACACGUGUAGUCGACAAAGGACAGUGCAUUGAAAGUCAAUUCUCUAGCCAGGAUCCAACUGUUGAAAAUAUAUCAGGCAUCGGCGGAAUGACAAGGAGUGGUCGAAUCUUCACGCCACCAAACUUGACGAGAAGAGGAGCUAGCAAUAAUGAAACACCAAUUUACGCAAAUACUAAGGACCAUUUAAAAGGGAAAGGGGUGCAGGCAAAGGAGACCCCUGACAAGGCGGACAAGAAAGAAAUCUCUAAGAAGGAGGCUUGCGAGUUCUUGAAAUUCAUACAACAAAGUGAGUACAAAGUGGUGGAACAAUUGAAUCGUACGCUUGCCCGGAUCUCCCUGUUAUAGUUACUUAUGCACUCGGCCUCCCAUAGAAAACUACUAUUGAAGAUACUGAGCGAGGCCCAUGUGGAACAAGGUAUUUCCCUGAACCAAUUCGAGGGCAUUGUCAGCAACAUCACUGCUAAUAAUUACCUCACCUUUACCGAUGAGGAAAUACCUGAGGAGGGGAGAGGGCAUAACAAGGCUCUCCAUGUCUCCGUAAAAUGUUUGGACCACGGCAUAGCACGCGUGUUGAUAGACAACGGCUCCUCCCUGAAUGUCAUGCCCAAGAUGACAUUAGAGAGGCUACCAUUUGACGGAAUGCAGAUGAGCCAAGUUCUAUGGUUUAGAGCAUUUGACGGUAGCAAGAGGGGAGUCAUGGGAGAAAUAGAGUUGCCGGUCCAAAUUGGCCCGUGUGGUUUUCAAGUAACCUUCCAGGUCAUGGAUAUCCUCCCAGCCUAGUGUCUAUUGGGUCGCCCAUGGAUCCAUUCUGCAGGAGUUGUGCCUUCCACACUGCCCCAAAAACUGAAAUAUAUCAUGGGAGAUAAGCUGGUCAUAGUUUCUGGAGAGGAGGAUCUCCUUGUGAGUGGGCCAUCCUCCACCCGUUACAUAGAGGCACGAGGAGGCCUCUGGAAAACAGCUUUUCAAUCACUAGAAAUUGUGGGAAACACCUAUGUUGAGUCAUUUCCUAUGAACCCACAUUUAUCAUGCACCUCUAUCAUGAUGGCCAAGGUCAUGCUGAAAGAAGGUUAUAAGUACGAGAAUGGUUUAGACAAGUAUGGACAAGGAUGUACAUUCCUAUUGGAGGUGAUUGAGAACAAAAACAGGUAUGGCCUAGGGUACAAGCCCAGCAAGGAGGAUAAGAAGAGGUUGAUUGAGGAACGGAAGGAGCGUAGUUUGGCUCGGAUGGGGAAACGGGAACCUAGGGCGAGGAAAAUCCACAUUUGCGGUAUCAAAGAGAGUUUUCGCAGUGCGGGAUGGGUGAACACUAGCCAUAUAGCGAUGGUGGAAGAGGAAGCUAGAUCUGAAAGCUCAAACUUCGUGUGGGCUUGCUCCCCCCGGAUGCACAGCUCAACAAUUGGAAAACUUUGGAUUUACCCAUAUGACAAUGAAUGUUUUGAAAAUAAUAAUGUCAAUAUCCCUAAGUGGGAGCACCCUGUCAUUAAUGCGGAAGAUGAUCUGGAACCCUCGCCAGAGCUUUUGAGAUUAGUGGAACAAGAGUCUAAAGAGAUAAAACCCCAUCAGGAAGAGAUUGAAAUACUUAACUUGGGAGAGGAAGACGAGAUAAAAGAAGUAAAGAUCGGCACUACCAUGAAAGAAGAAGUAAGGGAAAGGUUGCGAGUCCUAUUGAAGGAAUUUAAGGACGUCUUUGCUUGGUCGUACAAUGAUAUGCCUGGCUUGGAUACCGAUAUCGUGCAGCAUAAACUCCCCCUUUUACCAGAAUGUCUUCCGGUCAAACAAAAAUUAAGAAGAAUGAAACCGGAGAUGUCUUUGAAAAUCAAGGAAGAGGUGCAGAGACAAUUUGAUGCAGGAUUUUUGGCUGUGGCAAAAUACCCGCAAUGGGUGGCAAAUAUCGUACCAGUACCCAAGAAAGAUGGUAAAGUUCGGAUGUGUGUGGACUACCGUGAUUUGAAUCGGGCAAGUCCAAAAGACAAUUUCCCACUACCACACAUCGACACUCUAGUCGAUAAUACAGCCAAGUUUUCACUAUUUUCAUUCAUGGAUGGUUUCUUGGGAUAUAAUCAGAUCAAGAUGGCACCUGAGGACAUGGAAAAGACUACCUUCAUCACAUUGUGGGGAACAUUUUGUUAUAAGGUGAUGUCUUUCGGGCUCAAGAAUGCUGGGGCAACAUAUCAAAGGGCGAUGGUGACACUUUUUCAUGAUUUGAUGCACAAGGAGAUCGAAGUGUAUGUGAAUGACAUGAUUGCUAAGUCUGAAUCAGAAGAAAAGCACAUUCUCAACUUGAGAAAAUUAUUUGAAAGGCUGAGGAAGUUUAAACUCAGGUUAAACCCUGAUAAAUGCACGUUCGGAGUGAAAUCUGGAAAAUUGCUAGGCUUUAUUGUUAGUCAAAAGGGAAUAGAAGUAGAUCCUGACAAGGUACGAGCAAUAGCAGAAAUGCCUGCCCCUAGGACGGAAAAAGAGGUUCGAGGUUUCCUGGGUAGAUUGAACUACAUUGCUAGAUUCAUCUCCCAAUUAACCGCCACUUGUGAACCGAUAUUCAAGUUAUUGCGUAAGAAUCAGGCUUUGGUUUGGAAUGAGGAUUGUCAGGCCGCUUUUGAAAAGAUUAAGCAAUAUCUACAAAACCCUCCGGUGUUGCGUCCACCUGAGCCAGGAAGACCACUCCUUUUGUAUUUGACUGUGUUGGACGAAUCAAUGGGUUGUGUAUUAGGUCAGCACGACGAAGAUGGGAAAAUAGAGCAUGUUAUAUAUUAUUUAAGCAAGAAGUUCACAGAAUGUGAACAACGAUAUUCAUCAUUAGAGCGAACUUGUUGCGCGUUGGCAUGGGCUACUCAUCGCUUGAGGCAGUAUAUGUUAAGUCACUCUACUUGGUUAAUAUCUAAGAUGGAUCCCAUCAAGUAUAUUUUUGAAAAGCCCGCUCUCACUGGAAGGAUAGCUCGGUGGCAGGUGCUAUUGUCAGANUUCAAACACUGUAAGGAUGAAGAUGGGGUGAUAAGCAGAGAUGGGUCAGUGCCUAGUAGCAGUGGGCGUGUGGAUGAUGAUUGUGAUGAUGUGCAGAGAGAAGG